ACAACAUCUCGCACACGGAGUUCGCACAGGGACAUUGCUCUCACCGCUGAGAUUUCGUUGGAUCUAUUGGUCGCGGAUUUUAAUUUUGUUUUUGAACUUCUUUUGGAAGAAAAAAAGAAACUUUGGAUCUAUGCUAACCCUACGUGGAGUUAUAAGUCAGCUUUAAAGCAUAAGAGAAGGAAUGCAUCAUUUCUUUGUGAAACUAACAUUUCUGUUAUCAGUGAUUGCUUUAACACGAGGUCUAAGAUGCUCCCUGCCCACUGAAUCAUGCUUGAAUGGUGGGAGGUGUGAAGCCUCCCCAGAUGGAAAUGGAGUGUGCAAGUGUCCUGACGAGUUUUCAGGGGACCGGUGCCAGAUUGCGGGUGACCCCUGCCACCCGUCCAAAUGCCGGAAUGGAGGGACGUGCCACGUGGUCAUGCGCAAUGGCAAGAAGGACUUCACCUGCGCAUGCCGUCUCGGCUUCUCUGACCGCCUGUGCCUGACACCCACCAACCACGUGUGCCUGAGCUCCCCCUGCAGGAAUGGAGGAACGUGCAACCUGGUCAGCGUGACGGAGUACAAGUGCAGCUGCCCCCCGGGCUGGUCAGGUAAAACAUGCCAGCAGGCUGACCCCUGCGCCUCCAACCCCUGCGCCAAUGGUGGCCAGUGCACCCCCUUCGAGUCCCACUACAUCUGCGCCUGCACCCCAUCCUUCUCAGGCCAGAACUGCAAGCAGGACGUCAAUGAGUGUGCCCUGAGCCCAUCGCCCUGUAAGAACGGUGGCGUGUGCAUCAAUGAGGUGGGCUCCUACCACUGCCGCUGCCCACAGGAGUACACUGGCAAGCACUGCGAGGCCCUCUAUGUGCCCUGCAACCCCUCGCCCUGCCACAAUGGGGGCACCUGUGUGCAGAAAGGGGACACCUCCUAUGAGUGCACCUGCCUUCCAGGUUUCACUGGCCAGAACUGUGAGCACAACAUCGAUGACUGCCCUGACCACCGCUGUCAGAAUGGGGGCACAUGCGUGGAUGGGGUUAACACCUACAACUGCCAGUGCCGUCCGGAUUGGACAGGUCAGUUCUGCACGGAGGAUGUAGAUGAGUGCCAGCUGAUGCCCAAUGCGUGCCAGAACGGCGGCACGUGCCACAACACGCAUGGCGGCUACCACUGUGUCUGCGUCAAUGGCUGGACAGGCGACGACUGCAGUGAGAACAUCGACGACUGUGCCAGCGCUGCCUGCUACCCGGGUGCUAUCUGCCAUGACCGUGUGGCCUCCUUCUUCUGCGAGUGUCCCCACGGCCGCACGGGUCUGCUCUGUCACCUUGAUGACGCCUGCAUCAGCAACCCUUGCCAGAAGGGCUCCAACUGCGACACAAACCCCGUCAAUGGCAAAGCCAUCUGCACCUGCCCGCCCGGGUACACGGGGUCUGCCUGCAACCAGGACAUCGACGAGUGUUCUUUGGGUGCGAACCCAUGCGAGCAUGGAGGGCGGUGCCUGAACACCAAAGGCUCCUUCCAGUGCAGGUGCCUGCAGGGUUACACUGGGCCCCGCUGUGAGCUGGACGUCAAUGAGUGCAUGUCCAACCCCUGCAUGAAUGACGCCACCUGUCUGGACCAGAUUGGAGGAUUCCACUGCAUCUGUAUGCCAGGUUACGAGGGAGUGUUCUGCCAGAUCAACAUAGAUGAGUGUGCCAACAUGCCCUGCCUGAACAAUGGAAAGUGCAUCGACAGGAUCAACGCCUUCCACUGCGAGUGUCCCACAGGUUUCUCUGGGAACCUGUGCCAGGUGGACAUCGAUGAGUGCGCCAGCACACCUUGCAAGAAUGGGGCCAAGUGCACAGAUGGACCCAACAAGUACACCUGUGAAUGUGCUGAAGGCUACACUGGCCCCCACUGCGAGACAGACAUAGAUGAAUGUUACUCAGACCCCUGCCACUACGGGACCUGCAAGGAUGGUCUGGCCACCUUCACCUGCUACUGCAGACCGGGCUACACUGGCCGCCUCUGUGAGACCAAUAUCAAUGAGUGCCAGAGCCAGCCGUGCCAGAAUGGGGGCACCUGCCAGGACCGGGAAAACUCCUACAUCUGCACCUGCCCCAAGGGCACCACAGGUUUUAACUGCGAGGUAAAUCUGGACGACUGCAAGAACAAGCCGUGCGACUAUGGGAAGUGCAUCGACAAAAUCAAUGGCUACGAGUGCGCCUGCGAGCCGGGCUACACAGGAGUGAUGUGUAACAUCAACAUUGAUGAGUGCGCCUUCAACCCCUGCCACAACGGCGGCACAUGCAUCGACGGCAUCAACAGCUUCGUCUGUGUGUGCCCAGAGGGCUACCACGACACCACCUGCCUUUCGCAGGUCAACGAGUGCAUCAGCAACCCCUGCAUCCAUGGCCACUGUGAGGACGAGGUCAAUGGCUACAAGUGCAUCUGCGACUCUGGCUGGAGUGGCCCCAACUGUGACAUCAACAACAAUGAGUGCGAGUCGAACCCCUGCAUGAAUGGGGGCACCUGCAAGGACAUGACCAGCGGAUAUGUGUGCACCUGUCGCGCAGGGUUUAGCGGUCCUAACUGCCAAACUAACAUCAACGAGUGUGCUUCCAACCCAUGCCUCAAUCAGGGGACCUGCAUUGAUGAUGUUGCUGGCUAUAAGUGCAACUGCUUGCUGCCUUACACUGGUGAUCAGUGUCAGGACCUCUUGGCUCCCUGUGGCCCAAGGCCCUGUAAGAAUGGGGGUGUGUGUCAGGAGUCUGAAGACUACGAGAGCUUCUCUUGCGUGUGUCCUGAGGGAUGGCAAGGCCAAACUUGUGAAAUCGACAUUAAUGAGUGUGUGAAGAACCCCUGCCGCAAUGGCGCCACCUGCCACAACACCAUAGGCAGCUACCAGUGCAGCUGCAGGGUGGGCUUCACCGGCCCAAAGUGCGAGACAGACAUUGACGACUGCAAGCCGAACCCCUGCAGCAACGGAGGCCUCUGCAGAGAUGAGGUGGCUGGCUUUGUCUGCACCUGCCUGCCUGGCUUCCGUGGGCUCAAGUGUGAGGAGGACAUCAACGAGUGCGACAGCAACCCUUGCAAGAAUGGGGCCAACUGCACCGACUGUGUCAACAGCUACACCUGCACCUGCCCGGCUGGCUUCAGCGGAAUCCACUGUGAGAACAACACCCCCGACUGCACUGAGAGCUCCUGCUUCAAUGGCGGCACCUGUGUGGACGGCAUCAACACCUUCACCUGCCUGUGCCCGGCUGGCUUUACUGGCAGCUACUGCCAGCACGACAUCAACGAGUGCGACUCCAAGCCCUGCAUGAAUGGAGGCACAUGCCAGGACAGCUACGGGACCUACAAGUGCACCUGCCCCCACGGUUACACAGGACUCAAUUGCCAGAACCUGGUGCGCUGGUGUGACUCGUCGCCUUGUAAGAACGGCGGCUCGUGUUGGCAGAAGGGGUCCUCCUACAGCUGCGAGUGCCCGAGUGGCUGGACAGGCCUGUACUGUGAUGUGCCUGGUGUCUCCUGUGAGGUGGCGGCCAAGCAGCAAGGUGUGGAUGUUGCUCACCUGUGCAGGAACUCGGGCCAGUGCCUGGACGCUGGCCACACUCACUACUGCCGCUGCCAAGCGGGCUACACAGGCAGCUACUGCGAGGAGCAGGUGGACGAGUGUUCCCCCAACCCUUGCCAGAACGGAGCCACUUGCACCGACUACCUGGGAGGGUACACCUGUGAGUGUGUGCCAGGGUAUCACGGGGUGAACUGCUCCCACGAGAUCAACGAGUGCCUCUCCAUGCCCUGUCAGCACGGAGGGACCUGCAUCGACCUGAUCAAUACCUACAAAUGCUCCUGUCCCCGGGGGACCCAAGGCGUCCACUGCGAGAUCAAUGUGGACGAUUGCAACCCUGCCACUGACCCCGUCACACACGAGCCCAAGUGCUUCAACAACGGCAAGUGCGUGGACCGCGUUGGGGGCUACCAUUGCAUCUGCCCACCUGGCUAUGUGGGCGAGCGCUGUGAGGGUGAUGUAAAUGAGUGCCUGUCGGACCCCUGUGACCCGCACGGCACCUACAACUGCAUCCAGCUCACCAACAGCUACCGCUGCGAGUGCCGCACUGGCUACACAGGGCAGCGUUGUGACACGAUAUUUGACGGCUGUAAAGAGAGGCCCUGUCGCAAUGGGGGCACGUGCGCUGUGGCCAGCAACACCCCCCAGGGCUUUAUCUGCAAGUGUCCACCGGGCUACACUGGCGCUACCUGUGAGUACGACUCACAGUCGUGCGGGAGCCUGCAGUGCCGCAAUGGGGGCACCUGUGUCUCGGGCCACAAGAGCCCGCGCUGCCUGUGCCCGGACACCUACACGGGGCCCGAGUGCCAGUACCCCGUGGACAGCCCCUGCAUCAGCAACCCUUGCUACAAUGGGGGCACGUGCGAGUACACAGCUGAGGCACCCUUCUACCACUGCGUCUGCCCCACCAACUUCAAUGGCCUGCUCUGCCACAUCCUUGACUACACCUUCCCCGGCGGCUUCGGCCGCGAUAUCACUCCGCCGCCUGAGGUGGCUGGCGUCAGCUGUGAGAUUCCGCAGUGCGAGGAGCGCCGUGGCAACAAGAUCUGUGACUCGCUGUGCAACAACCAUGCGUGUGCCUGGGAUGGCGGCGACUGCUCGCUAAACUUCAAUGACCCCUGGAAGAACUGCAGCGCUGCGCUGCAGUGCUGGCGCUACUUCAACGAUGGCAAGUGUGAUGAACAGUGUGACAGCGCCGGCUGCCUGUACGAUGGCUUUGACUGCCAGAACCUGGAAGGCCAGUGCAACCCCCUCUAUGACCAAUACUGCAAGGACCACUACGCAGAUGGCCACUGCGACCAAGGCUGCAACAAUGCCGAGUGCGAGUGGGACGGCCUGGACUGCGCCAACAACAUGCCGGAGAAGCUGGCGGACGGGCGGCUGGUGUUGGUGGUGCACAUCCUGCCGGAACAGCUGAAGAACAACUCGUUUGGCUUCCUGCGCGAGCUGAGUCGCGUGCUGCACACCAACGUGGUGUUCCGCAAGGACAGCAACGGUGAGCUCAUGGUCUACCCCUACUACGGCAACGAGCAGGAGCUCAAGAAGCACAACAUCAAGCGCUCAGCCGACAGUUGGACCGAGAUCCCCGGCAAGGUCCUGAGCAAGGUGAAGAAGAGCAUGUACAGCGUGGUGAGCGCCAAACGGAGGGAGCUGGACCAGAUGCAGAUCAAAGGGUCAGUGGUGUACUUGGAGAUUGACAACCGGCAGUGCUACCAGCAGUCCACAGAGUGUUUCCAGAGUGCGACAGAUGUGGCCGCCUUCUUGGGGGCUCUCGCCUCCAGCGGCAACCUCAACGUCCCCUACGUCAUAGAAGCUGUCACUAGCGAAAACGUGACGGAGCCCACCCAGGAGCUGUACCCCAUCUACGUUGUGCUGGUGGGGCUGGCCAUGCUGGCCAUCAUCGGUGUCGGGGUGGUGGUGUCCCGCAAGCGGCGGCGUGAACACGGCCAGCUCUGGUUCCCCGAGGGAUUCAAGGUCAGCGAGCCCAGCAAGAAGAAGAGGAGGGAGCCGGUCGGCGAGGAUUCGGUGGGACUGAAGCCACUGAAGAACUCCUCCGACAUUUCUCUGAUGGACGACAACCAGAACGAGUGGGGAGAGGAGCCAUCAGACAUCAAGCGCUUCAGGUUUGAGGAGCAGGCGAUGCUGGACCUGGACGAUCAGACAGACCGGCGGCAGUGGACCCAGCAGCACCUAGACGCGGCCGACUUGCGCAUCCCCACCAUGGCUCCUACUCCUCCCCAGGGCGAAAUCGACAAUGACUGCAUGGACGUCAACGUGCGCGGUCCAGAUGGCUUCACUCCCCUCAUGAUAGCGUCCUGCAGUGGCGGGGGCCUCGAGACAGGCAACAGCGAGGAAGAGGAGGACGCCUCUGCCAAUGUUAUCUCUGACUUCAUAUACCAGGGCGCCAACCUCCACAACCAGACAGACCGCACGGGUGAGACAGCCCUGCACCUCGCCGCCCGCUAUGCUCGCUCCGAUGCCGCUAAACGCCUGCUGGAGUCCAGCGCCGAUGCCAAUGUCCAGGACAACAUGGGCCGCACCCCACUCCAUGCCGCAGUGGCAGCCGACGCACAGGGGGUCUUUCAGAUCCUGAUCCGGAACCGGGCCACGGACCUGGAUGCUCGCAUGCACGAUGGCACCACCCCCCUGAUCCUGGCAGCUCGGCUGGCUGUGGAGGGCAUGGUGGAGGAGCUCAUCAACUGCCAUGCUGACGUCAAUGCCAUCGAUGACUUCGGCAAGUCUGCCCUGCAUUGGGCUGCAGCUGUGAAUAAUGUGGAUGCUGCCAUGGUGCUGCUGAAGAAUGGGGCCAACAAGGACAUGCAGAACAACAAGGAAGAAACGCCACUCUUCCUCGCCGCGCGGGAGGGGAGCUAUGAAACAGCCAAAGUCCUCCUGGAUCACUUCGCCAACCGUGAGAUCACGGACCACAUGGACCGGCUCCCACGUGACAUCGCCCAAGAGCGCAUGCACCACGACAUUGUGCGCCUCCUGGACGAGUAUAAUCUGGUGCGGAGCCCGGGCAUGCACAACGGCCACAUCAGUGCCACCCUGUCACCCCCACUCUGCUCCCCCAACAGCUACCUGGGGAGCAUGAAGCCCUCAGCCCCAGGCAAGAAGGCCCGCAAGCCUGGCUCCAAGGGCAUUGCCUGCAAAGACGGCAAGGACAUGAAGGCCCGCCGGAAGAAGGCCCCAGACGGGAAGGGGAGCCUGCUGGACACCUCGGCCGUGCUCUCCCCAGUGGACUCCCUGGAGUCUCCCCAUGGGUACAUGUCUGACGUGGCCUCUCCGCCGAUGAUGACCUCGCCCUUCCAGCAGUCUCCCUCCAUGCCGCUCAACCACCUGCAGGGCAUGUCCGAGUCCCAUAUCGGAGUCAACCACAUGGGCAUGGCCAACAAGCAGGAGCUGGGCCGGAUGCAGUUUGAGGCAGUGCCACCCCGCCUGUCCCACCUGCCUGUGUCCAGCCCCAGCAGCUCGGGGUCCAUGACGUUGGCUAUGGGGGGUGCAGGCGGAGGGAUGAACGACUGGCUCCCCAGGAUGCAUGCUGGCUUGGGCCAGCAGGGCCAGUUCAAUCCUAUGCGGAGCGCUGCUGGGCAGGGCGGCCUGCACCAGGCAAGCCCCUCUGUGCCGCAUGGCAUGAUGACCUCACUCCACAACGGCCUGCCCACCACCACCCUCUCCCAGAUGAUGAGCUACCAGGGCAUGCAGAACACCCGCCUGGGCACACCCUCACACCUCAUGCAGGCACAGCAGAUACAGCAGAUGCAGCACCAGCAGAGCAUGCAGCAGCAGAUUCACCCACAGCAGCAACAGCAGCCGCCGCAACAGCAGCAGAGUAUUCAACUGCAGCACCAGAAUUCCAACACUACCACCAGUGGCCACUCCAUCGGCCAGAAUUUCAUUAGCACUGACCUGAGCGGGUCAGACCUGCAGCCAGGGUCUGGCAGCACCAUGCCUAUCCACACCAUCCUCCCCCAGGAAAACCCAAUCCUGCCUUCCUCGCUCAACCAGACCAUGCCCAGCACACAGUUCCUCACCCCGCCCUCUCAGCACAGCUACUCUGCCCCCAUGGACAACACCCCGAACCACCAGCUUCAGGUGCCUGACCACCCCUUUCUAACCCCUUCCCCUGGAUCACCUGACCAAUGGUCAAGUUCCUCCCCACAUUCCAAUAUGUCUGAUUGGUCAGAAGGAAUCUCCAGUCCUCCAACAAGCAUGCAGUCUCAGAUUGGACAUAUUCCAGACCAGUUCAAGUAGGGAGGGUGUAGACUUCCCUGGCCAAGGUGGACCGCUUGAGAUUUUGUAAUAAUUUAAGAAACUCUUAAAUGCCAAAUCUUGAAAGCGGAGGGAGAAUAAGAACAACUAGUUUGACCGAAGGAUCCCUUUUUAUAUGAUUUUAUACUAACGAUAAGAAUUAUGUUGCAUUAAUUUUGUAUUUAUUUAUGUUCUUUAUAUUUUACUUUGGAGAAAAGAAGCUGUCUUUUUUAUUUAUACUUUUCAUUGUGUUGUCUGCUAAAGGAAUCUUGGGGGGCCAAAGAGCUGGGCCUGAGACCGCGUGGAGGAGUAGCUUUGUAGAGGAAGAAUGUAGUCUGUUUUAUGUUAGUGCUUUUGUCCGCAGUAUAACAGAAAGAUUCCUGAUUAUGUAAAC